GCAGUAGACAGUAGUAUUAAGUGGUUUAAAUUCGUUUAUUUUCUCUCUUCUUGAAAUUAUACACAAGGACAAAAAGGAGAAAAGCGCGGGAAAGGUUCAGACUUCGGUUUUCCAUUUGAGAGUUGCAGCUGCGCCGUUUGGGGAAUGCUCUUUAUCCUUCUACCCAUUUCAUACCAUUUUCCCUCCGUUUCUCGGCAACCAAUCAGGUCUUACAACUAUUCACUGGUUACACUAGCAUCUUUCUGGUCACCUCAGAAGCUCAUAUCAGUUUCCAGGUAGAGAAGCGUCUGAAGAUAUCAAAAUUAUAAAUGGGUUCGAAGUCCAAGCGUGCUUCAAGACUUAAGGAUAGGAUCAGUGACUUACCGGUUUCAGUUCUUUGUCACAUACUUUCCUUUCUUCCAACAAAAUAUUCUGUGAGGACUAAUGUUUUGUCUACAAGAUGGAAGAACAUGUGGGCCGCUGUUCCCAGUAUAGAUUUGGACAAUGAGGAUUUUCCCAACUAUCAUGGUUCUACGAUGUUUGUUGAUCGUGUACUUCUCUUCCGUGGCUCAUCCGACAUUGAAAAUUUUCGUCUUGAUUGUCACUGUAUGGGGGAUUUCCCUCGUAUUGAUGCUUGGAUUCGCACAGCCAUUAUGCGUAACGUUGCUGAACUUGAUCUUUGUGUUGAACCACAUGAGCAGAAUAUUUUUGAGUUGCCUAAAAGCCUUUUUAUGUGCAAAACACUCAGGGUUUUGAAGUUGAUGUCAAGUUUUGUUACCAAUGCGCCUACGUUAUGGUGCUUACCAAGUCUCAAAAGCCUUUCUGUUGCAGUUAGGUAUCCUGAUAACGAAUUGAUAGAAAUUUUUUUGUCUCGCUGCCGUGCAGUUGAAGAUUUAACUAUACAUGGAGUUGUUGGAGAACAUGAAGUUUGGAAUUUCAAUAUCUCUGCACUUGGACCGAAGAUCUUAAGAAUGGAUUUGGAAACUGCCCCUGAUUUAGGAGAUGUUUGUGAUUUGGCUAUGAAUAACGACCGCGUAACUACUCUUCUGCUACAAAUUUGUAACGUUAAAUGUUUGUCUCUUGCGGCGCAUUGUUUGGAGCCAACUGAAUGCUAUUCUUGGUGGGUAGAGUUCCUCCAGAGAUCACCUGUUCUGGAAUAUCUUGUCUUAGACUUUGAUGUCUUCAGUAGUUGUGGUUUUGAAUCUGAACUGGUACGAGAAUACCCACAUUUUCAAUUCAAGUUGCCAAAGGUUCGAUGGAAUCCGCCAGAUUUUGUGCCUAGUUGUUUGCUGACGCACCUCAAGACUAUCUGUAUAACAAGAUUAAUGGGAAGGCCGCAUGAGAUGGAAGUGGCAAAGUUUUUGCUAGAAAAUGGAAAGGUUUUGAAAAGAAUGACAAUACAUACCUGUGGUGGUCUUUUGUGUACAAGGAAGGAAUUAUACAAGAAGUUUUUGAUGUUUCAUCGGGGUUCGAACAAAUGCGAGGUUGAAUUUCCCUAAGAUGUAGAAUUUUCUCAUUCACAAGGAUCGAUCUUUGAAGUUCGAGUGGUUAAGAAUGAUACUGUAGUCAAAGUUGUAAAAGCCCUAGUUUUGUUGAUCUUUUGAUUAAUCAAUUUGUAGUACAACUUUCUUCCACACUACAUUGUGAUCGACAGUCUCACGACGUCGGUUUCCGAUCCUAUUAGUUUACAACUUCAAUCAGAUAUGAGAUGUAUGAAGCCAAUUUGUUCAAUAGAAUGAAUUAAGCAUAUU